CUGACAGCGGCAUCGGCUCAAACACACAUUCAUUCAUAUUGAAAGCACGCGAGCAUCGGAUAGUAAACAAAACGAUGUCAAGUUUUCAAAAAAAGAAAUUUUCCUCUACCGUUCCCGGCACGAAAGUAUCGCUGCAAAAUGGUCAACCACUGGCAUCAACAGGAAACUCGUACUUAGAUGCACUAUUAGGUGGAGGUCUUGCAAUCGGUUCACUGCUUCUAAUCGAAGAAGACAAAUUUGCCACAUAUUCGAACAGUUUAAGUAAAUUCUUUCUAACUGACGGAAUCGUGAACAAUCAGUCGAUAUUCGUUGUGAAUCUAGACGACGAUCCUGAAGAAUUUAUCCAAAAGCUACCGCAAGUGUGCAAGACCGACACUGAAGAGAAAUUGCCCGAAAAUAUUCCGAAUAAAUCAGAAACGAGCGAUAUGCGUAUUGCGUGGCGUUACAACUCCCUACCAUCGAUGGAUACCACUCAGAAGUCACUUACCUAUUUCGAUUCGUCGAAACGAAUCGAUCGCGAAAUGUUGGCCAGCUCAGACAUAGAAUACUUCAAGCCGAUCGAUGAGCGAUUGGACAGUCCAACCGAGCAAAGUUUUCACAAUUCGGUCUACGGUCAGAUUUUAGUGAAUCUCAAGACGAAAUUGAAUAAUUCCAAGUUCUCGGCGGAGGAAUCGGAUGGCGCCGGUAAGAACUUACUGCGAAUCAGCAUCAGCUCGUUAGGAUCGCCGUUGUGGUACGACGAUGAUUUCUUGGAAGAUGUUUGUCUGUUCUUGUAUUGUCUAAAAGCUCUGGUUAGAACCUCACUUGCUGUCGCAUGCAUAUCCGUUCCCAGUCAUUUGUUUAAACAUUUGGACGAUAGUCUGAUUCACCGUAUCCGCAAUAUGGUCGAUUAUUCCGUUGAACUGGAGUCGUUCGCCGGUUCCGAUAAGGAAACGAAUCCGAUAUUCAAGGACUAUCAUGGCCUGUUGUACAUUAGGAAAUUGGCUGCAGUGAAUUCAUUAGCAGCCUACAACCCGGUCACACGGGAUUUAGUGUUCAAAUUGAAGCGGAAAAGUUUCGUCAUCGAAAAGUUGCAUCUUCCACCAGACCUCCAAGAAAUCGAUACGAAACCGGAUGCCAUUCCGUCGAUGAGUUGCGGGAGUUCGUCGAAGAAAUUGUUAGAUUUUUAAGGAAUUAAAGGCGGCCUUGUACGAAAAAUAAUGAAAA